GGGAGGCAGGGCCAGUCGGCGGGCUCCGCGCAGCUGCAGCUGGUCUGGCCGGGCGCAGGCGGUGAAGCCUGUUCCCCUUCGGGAAGAAGGUUGCGACCCGCAAGGCUCCGUCAAUGAGCUGCGAGCAGGUUGUUGCGCUGUACUUUGCAAGGAGCGCUGAAUUGGCAGGUGUUCGCUCUGAGAUUAUUUCUGUACCGCAACAAUUAACCUCUCUACAGCUGUGGGAAGAAAUUGUGAAAAGGCAUCCAAGACUUGCUGCCAUUCAGGAUCAAGUGGUUUUCGCUGUUUGCCAGGAAUACGUGCUUCUUGGUGAUCAGCUUCUGGCCCUGCAGUCAGGUGACGAGGUUGCCAUUAUCCCACCUAUCAGCGGGGGUUAACUCCAGGC